AUGACCAGUGACCUAAUCCGUGAAGGAGUGUUUAUCGAGAAAAUUAUUGGGGACAUCAAGGGACUAUUGAAACCCACAGACUUAAAAGAAGCCAAACACUCAGUUGGAAUAGCUUUUCGCAUGCAAGAAUUCAACACUAAAUACUUAGACAUUGUGGGUUCACCUGAUGUUCAAAUAAUUGGAAUUUGGGGUACAGGCGGUAUAGGUAAAACAACGCUUGCCAAAGAGAUUUGUAGUAAAUAUGGUCAUAGUUUCAGCAAUCAAUGUUACCUUGAAGAGGUGAGGAGUAACAAGAAAAAUAUGGUUAGUCUGCAAGAACAACUUCUUCGAGAUCUUUUGAAACGGCAUGACAUUAAGGUAAGCAGUGUUGCUGAAGGAACCAAGGAGAUAGAGAAAAGACUUGGAAGCAUGAAGGUACUUGUCGUGGUUGAUGACAUAGAUGAUGCGGACCAAUUAGAUAAAUUGGCGAUAUCACAUGUCUCGUUUGGUCCCGGAAGUAGGAUUAUUAUAACAACAAGAGAUGAACAUGUGUUGAAUAUACAAAAGGUGGAUAAAAGAUAUAAAGCACAAGGAAUGACUAAUGACGAAGCUUUUGAGCUCCUUAGUUGGCAUGCCUUUGGAAAUCCUCGUCCCGACGAAGAAUAUAUUGAGCUCGCAAGAGAUGUUGUUGAUUAUUGUGGAGGACUGCCUCUAGCUCUUGAAGUUGUUGGCCGUUUGUUGGCUACGAAAAAGAGUAAAAGCAUAUGGAAAAAGAAAAAUUUGAGGAUGCAUGAUUUGAUUCGAGAUAUGGGAAGAGAAAUUUUGCGGGCAGAAUCUUCUGUGGAAUUGGGAAAACGUAGUCGAUUGUGGCAUAGUGAAGAUGCAAAAACCGUGCUUAGGAACAAAUUGGGAACAGAAGCAGUUGAAGGCCUAACCUUAUUUUUGCCAAAAGAUUCUGAUGACGAGCAAAGCUUCACCAUACCAGCAGAUUUUGAUCAACGAAACCUAGUUUUUAUGCAACUGACCAGCAGCAAGAUUGUACGAGUUUGGGAGGAUUCGAACCUGUUGCCUAAGAAGUUGAAGUAUCUCAUUCUUGGAGGCUGCCAUAACUUGACUAAAUUACCAGACUUUUCAAAACUCCCACUUCUCGAGGUAUUGAACCUCGGUGGCUGUAAGGGUUUGUGUGGGGCUUACCAUUUUUUAGCACAACUGAAGAUGAUUCAGGCAUUAAAUCUCAGCAACUGCAAUAUAACAGAUGGUGCCGUUCUCGAAAUAAUUGGGAGUCUAUCUUCUUUAAGAGCUUUAUAUCUAAGUGGGAAUGGUUUUAAUAGGCUACCCAUUCUCAGUGGCCUUUCUCAGCUUCAGUUUUUACGUCUAAAUCAUUGCACAAACCUUCAGGCAAUCCCAGAUUUGCCGAACAGUUUGAUUGAAUUGGAAGCGAAUAACUGCACUGCACUGGAAAUAAUGUCCGACUUUUCAGAGAUGUCGAAAAUGAGGAAAUUGGAACUGAAAGAAUGCCGCAAACUCAAAGAUAUUCCAAACUUGGAGAACUCAUUGGACUACAUGGUUUCAAUUCAUAUGGAAGGGUGUACCAGUCUCACUGGUACUUUUAAGGAGAACCUCCAAACGAAAAAUGCAUUUGGUGGAAUUUUUCUCUCUGGAAAUGAUAUUCCUCACCGGUUAGCCUACGUCGCGAGAGAGGAUGAAAUUGUCCAAUUUGUAGUGCCGCAAACGAACUAG